AGAGAGAGAAAGAGUCAAGUCGAAAAAAUCGACUACGAUCAUAGAAAUAAAAAAAAAAACUACAAAAAAAGGAAAAAUAAAAAUAAAAAAAGAAAUAAAAAGAGAAAGGAGGAGGAAGGGGAGGAGGAGGAGGAGGAGGAGGAGGAACAAAUCUAGUGUUAGCUGAAAAUGUAGUUGUGUAACGUUGCAAAAGCCGAAAAUGACCCUGAAUGAUAAUGAUAAUAAUAAUGAUGAUUAUCAUGAUUAUGAUGAUGAUGAUGAUGACAAUGAUAGUAAUGGUGAUGGUGAUGAUGAUUAUGAUUAUGAUGAUGGUGAUGAUGGUGAUGAUGAUGAUGAUGAUGAUGAUGAUGAUGAUGAUGAUGAUGAUGAUGAGCGAUAUUGCGUGAUCACUAUUAUAUUAUAAUAUAAAACAUACUGUAUACAAAACUUUUUGUAACAACGGAACGUAAAGGUGUAAGAAGAUCGUAUAGCCGUCGUUGAUAAUUCUUACGUGUUUGUAUGUAAUUUUCGUUCUCGGAUUUCUUCUCUCUUACAUCCAUGUUUCUCAUCCCAAUGGGCAAAAAUGAAAAAGAGAAAAAAAAAAACAAACGUAGUCUGGAAAUACAAGGAUUCAACAAUUUGUAUAAACAUUUAUAAUAUCAGCAGUUCUUUUCGAAACCCGAAAAUAUCUGCUCCACUUGUCGGCUGUCUUAUUGUUAGUCACGUGACAAUAAAGUUCUAUUGAGAAAAAGCUAAUUAUAUAUACAUUAUGUAUGUGUGUUUAUAUAUAUAUAUAUAUAUAUAUAUAAUUCUUUUUGUCAUUCGAUAGAAAGAUCAUAUCGACUAUCAUAGUAAUUCGUCAAAUUAGAAUUUUGAUUUGUUUAUUUUUUGUUUUUUUUUUUUUGUUUCUAAAAUAUAUCGCUUGAUGUCUCACGACUUUCCAUUUAAUUGCAAAUGUUUUGUUUUUUUUUUUAUGUGUAUAUAUAUAUACAUAUAUAUACAUACAUAUAUAUGUAUACACAUAUAUAUGUAUACACAUAUAUAUUCCCUCUUUAAAAGAGUUAAAAUGUCAGUAUUAAUGGACAAAGGGCUCGAUUGAAUUUAAUUAUUUUUAUGUGUUAUCUCGUUUUGACGCAAAAUUUUCUUAUACAUUCUUAUUGCUAGAUUAAAUUUCGUUAUGUGGAACGAGACUAAUUUCUAUCGUAGUCCUAAUGAUCCAAGGAUGAGGCAAUUGCAAAGAGUAUCACGAUACUCUCAGGAUUCUUCGAACGAAACUCAGAGAGAAUGUUUGGAUGAAAUAAUUCAACAAUCCUAUCUGUCGACAAGCGAAUAUUAUGACAACCAAAAGAACAGUUUUACAUCUUCUACGAUCUCUAAUGGUUUAAAUCAAUCCGAUAAAGAAAAUAAAUCGAUAAAAAAUCAACCAAGUUCGUGGAAGCAAGAAAAGUCAGGAGAUUGGAAAUACGAAAAAGAAGAACUUUGGCAGACGAUAGAACAAUCUUUGAAUGAUAAAAGUUCGACUCAAGAAGAAGCCAUAAAUUCGGAUAUCAAAUAUAGGCAUCUUUACAGCAUACCUAAUUACAAUAAAUUUCAAUUCGAUGAUCCUAGUGAUCAGGAAUUAACAGAUGAUUGCGACUUUAAGGAUCCUAAUGGUCUUACUAUCAAUAAAAAGCCAAAGACACUUUUAUUCAAUAUAAGAGAGUAUUUAGCAAAUUAUCAAGAAUCCAAUGGUAUUCCACGCACGGAAUAUCCUUUUACGGAUCUUGUUAAGGUCAUGGGUCAAGCAACAGGUCGAUCAUUGAUUGCUCUGCUUUAUGUCAUCAUUAAUACUGCCCCCAUUGUCGAAAUAUUUCUCUAUAUCCUACGAUUCAUACUGGACAAAUUGAUCUACAUAAAGAAUACUAAUGACAUACGUCAAAUGAUGAUCAAAUACGUAAUACUUGGAAUACAAUUACUAAGCAUUUACGUUUGUUUAACGUUUAUAUUCGGUUUAAUUGUUUUGCCAAUUGUAUACAUGGUUCUUCAUAUAGUAGCAAAAAUUUUAUCGUAUAAUUAUUGAUUAGAGAGAAAGAGAGAGAGAGAGAGAGAAAGAUAGAGCCGUAUCAGAAUAUGUGAUAUCUUUGUUGUGUUUGAUGUUCUGUAAUUAAAUAUAUACAUACAUACAUACAUAUAUAUAUAUAUAUAUAUAUAUAUAUAUAUAUCGUAAUUUUUUCUCAAUAUACAAUUAUUUUUAUUUCUUUAUAGUUAAUAAUAUGCCAAUUAAUCUAACGAAGAAGAAUAAGAUCUAACAACAAAUUUCUCAUUAUACGAAUGACAAAUAACAAUGAGAUAGUUAAUUUGUUAUCGCCAAUAAUUUGUACGAGUAUCAUUGUUCGACAGUCUCAUUGAUUGUCUCACAUGUUUUGCAGUUUGCAAAACGUCCGAAUAAAAGUAAACAAAAAAUAAAUAAAAUGAAAUGAAAUAAAAA